CGAUGGUUGUGGUUCCUGUUGGUGAUGUCUCCAGAGCUUACACCAGCAUACCGGCAGGGAGGGAUGAAACUGCUUCAGAACUACAGAGGCUUGUUUCGAUUAGGUAGAUAGAUAGAUAGAUAGAUAGAUAGAUAGAUAGAUAGAUAGAUAGAUAGAUAAUGAAAGAGAAGACACUGAGAAGAUUUGCACAGGAAGCUGUUCAUUGCCACUAGCAGCAGCUCCAGCCACUGGGAACCCUGCGUCUGUCUCUGACUGCUACAACUGGACAGGGAUUAACAGCAACAACAGGCCAGGAAGUAGACUGAGCCCACGCCAUUCAGUUUCAUCUGGGUCAUCGCCAUCGAGUCCCGUACCCAGCCAGGACACAGACUUAUCUCCUUUUGGACCGGGCUGCAGUUUGCAGUGCUGCCGGCCCCGACGGACCAACAGUGGAUCAACAAAACAAAACACUCCCUGCCAUCUGAGGCUGCCCUGCUCUUUCUGACGCCAGGCCAGCAGACCAGACCAAACCAAAGCUGCAGACUCAAGGGCCAAGGCCAGCUCGCUUUGUGUACCCUUUUUUCUUUCCUCCGGUUCAACCCGAGACAAGACGACAGCACCAGUCCGCUGCAGUUCAGGAGCCAGGCCCAACCUGUGUCAUCAUCACUCCCUCAGUUCAUGCAGAGAAACUGGGCCAGGUCACACCAGACCAGAGAGACUUAAGGACUGGGGGAUCCUCCUGCUGCUUUAUCCUCACUGCACCACGACACUGAGGAGGCCUUCAGUGACCAUGUACUCGCCUCAGAGUCUCCACCGCUGGGGCAUCACCCACAGCGAGAGCAUGGAGCGCUUAGCCUACAGCCAAGCCCUGCGAGACCCGAUGGCCAUGGAGCGAGCCAACCUGCUGAACAUGGCCAAGCUCAGCAUCAAAGGGCUGAUCGAGUCGGCUCUGAGCUUCGGACGAACUCUGGACUCCGACUAUCCACCGCUUCAGCAGUUCUUUGUCGUCAUGGAGCACUGCCUCAAACACGGCCUCCGAGUGAAGAAGUCUUUCCUGGGCUUUAAUAAGUCUCUGUGGGGUCCUCUGGAGCUGGUGGAGAAACUGUGUCCCGAAGCAGCAGAGAUCUCAGCUUCUGUACGAGACCUACCUGGACUGAAGACUCCGCUGGGCAGGGCCAGGGCUUGGCUGCGUCUGGCUCUCAUGCAGAAGCGGCUGGCAGACUACCUGCGACUGCUCAUCACCAGAAAAGACCUGCUCAGUGAUUUCUAUGAGAAUUCAGCCGUGAUGCUGGAGGAGGAGGGGGCGGUGAUUGUGGGCCUGCUGGUGGGGCUAAAUGUCAUCGACGCCAACCUCUGUGUCAAAGGGGAGGACCUGGACACUCAGGUUGGUGUGAUCGACUUCUCCAUGUACCUGAAGAAUGACAUUGACGAUUACAGGAGUGAAGAGAGGAAUAGCCAGAUAGCAACCAUCUUGGAUCAGAAGAACUAUGUGGAGGAACUGAACCGACAGCUCAACUCCACAGUCCAUGGUCUUCAGGGCAGGGUGGAUUCUCUGGAGAAGUCCAACUCUAAACUCAUAGAGGAGUUAGCCAUCGCCAAGAACAACAUCAUCAAACUGCAAGAAGAAAACCAACAACUGAGGAGUGAAAACAGUCUAAUUUUACUGAAGGCACAACAGCAUUUAGAGGUGACCCAGGGCGACGUGUCAGUGGAGAGAGACACUUACAAACAGUCUCGUCAGGGUUUGGAUGAGAUGUACAACGAGGCCCGAAGACAACUGAAGGAGGAAUGUCAGCUCAGACAGGAUGUGGAGAAUGAGUUGGUCGUCCAGGUGUCAAUGAAACAGGAAAUGGAGCUGGCCAUGAAACUUCUAGAGAAAGAUAUUCACGAAAAACAGGACACACUGAUCGGACUGAGACAGCAGCUGGAUGAGGUCAAAGCCAUCAAUGUAGAGAUGUACCAGAAGAUGCAGACCUCUGAUGAGGGAAUGAAGCAGAAGAACGAUAUGAUCAGUCGUCUGGAGGAGAAGACCAAUCAGAUCACUGCCACCAUGAAGCAGCUGGAGCAAAGAUUACAGGAGGCAGAGAGGCACCGCACCUCAGCCGAGGAGGGAGCCAGACGCUUCAAACUGGACUUUGCCAACAAGGCCGACAGCCUGCAACGGCAGAUCGCACACAGAGAGAGACAACUCCAGCAGCUGGAGAUGGAUCUGAAGAUUGAGAGGGAGUGGCGCCAGACGUUACAAAAUGAUCUGGAAAGAGAGAGAGACACUGUGUCACAGCUCAGUGCAGAGGCGCUGCAGAUAAAUGGAUUGAAAAAGGAGUUCCAUCGUCUCCAGGAUGAGAACAUUCAGCUGAAGACCAUCUGUGAAGACCAGGAACAAGCUCUGGAGGAGCUGGGCUCCAAACUCAGCGAAUCCAAACUGAAGAUUGAGGACAUCAAAGAAGCCAACAAAGCUCUUCAGGGGGGGCAGGUGUGGUUGAAGGACAAGGAGGCCAGCCACUGUAAGCUGUGUGAGAAGGAGUUCUCCAUCUCAAGACGAAAGCACCACUGUAGGAACUGUGGCGAGAUCUUCUGCAACAGCUGCUCUGACAACGAGCUUCCUCUGCCCGCCUCCCCCAAACCAGUCAGAGUCUGCGACACGUGCCACGCCCUCCUCCUCCAGCGGUGCUCCUCCAAUCCCACGUGAGGAAGUCCCACGCCCUCACCGGAACUGCCUCAAUCAAAAAAAAAAAAAACAAAAAACGACAUCCCAACCCUUGAGCACCCGCCCUCCAACCCUCGGUCAGAUCCAUCUCCCCGGUUCUUUACAUUUCAACAUGUUUGCUGCUAGGACUGGACCACGUGCACAAAGCUGUCCAGUAGACCUCUUGGUUUGACUUAAACACAAGGUGGAGAAGUGUCACUUGUGCAUCAUUUUAUUGUUCUGACAUUUCUGGCCUCCUUGUUUGCUGUCACUACUUUUUCUACAUUUGUUCUGCAGUGUAAAGCAUCGAAACAUCAACAUCGCCUGCCAGUUCAGACAGAGAGGAACGGGCAGCGCAAACACGAGGUGUCAAACACAUUGUAGUGGGAGUGUCGAAUCAGUUGUAAGCCCAAAAUAAGAUACUAAAUAUGCAUCAUUUGGAGUUGGACAGGGUAAAUUGUACAGGAUUGUUAUAAUUUAGUUUAUAUUUCAGAAACCAUGACAAAUAUCACAAACAGACCUGUGAGCUCUGUUCCCUGUGAGAUGACCCUCUUUGAGUCAGCACAGAGGGCCCAAGAAGACCUUAGGACCAUAAUUACUGCGCUUUAGGUUUGAGGCUCUCACUGCAGGCAGCACAGUUGUAACAUACAGGGUACAGUUCAGUCAGGGAGAAUCAAACACCACAAUAUCUCUGAUGGAAUACCUCAGUGUCAAUAUUGUAGCAAUGGCUAUUCAUGUGUGCAUAAGACAUUCACACCAACAUUUUUGAUAAACACUCAUCGGUAAUGUGGAUAUGACGGCCAAGCAGGUAGAGACAAAUAAUAACACAACACCUGAUCCGGUCUAAUAAGUUCAGAAAACUGCAUCGCUUCACUGUAGUUCAGCCUUUGAAACAGGGAAAAGACAACGUUAGUCUUAAGUCAUGACGCUACAACAGGCAAAAUCCCAGAUGAUGUCUAGUCUCAUAUCACGAUAAUGAUAAAAUAUGGAUUGAUUUCCCAGCUGUAGGUCCAACAGAACCACACAUGCAAACAGAUUUGACUGAACACAGUUUUUGCUCUACCUGACAGUGAUGAGCACCGCUGCUUUGUUGUGACCAAACCCCCUCCGGCCGGUAGUGCAGUGAGUAGCCAAACUGAUUUCAGAUCAGAGCUGGAUGUGGGCAGACGGUUGCAUGUCUCCCUGCUCUGUGGUAACAUCAGCAGACGUCUGGAGGCUUUAAUAUCGGCAUGACUGGUAGUUAUUGUUGAGUUUAAUGAGUAGAAAUCAUCUUGUCACUAAGACAGUGGUUUUUUUUUUUUUCUUUUUCCUUUUGGAGAAGUGAAAUAAAUGUGAACAUAAUUCUAUAAUUAUAAUUUAAACAGGCACAAAAGAUCAAAUUUUCAACUGAUUGAUGUGAGAGGCCAAACUUGAUUUAUUUCUGUUUGGUGAGCUGUGUGAAAAUUGGACCUGUGCCACAAAGGGUAAAUCAUUUUGAGAUGUUGUGUUCCAGUUUAGGUGCAGCCUUCUCCCUCGAGCGACAAAGUGACAUUGCAGAACGAACGAGGCCUGCCAGGCAGAUUUCCUCUCCUCUGCAUGUCAGUGUAAAAACUGCAAUGCAACUGAGACUGUUUGAGCACUAAAAUGAAUCUGCCAACUCAUUUCCGGAGCUUGUUUCUCCCUCCUGACAAUAUGCCCACAUCUGACUUUACCAGGUGCCAUGUUAAGCCUCAUGGUUCCCCUUGGCCGUUCAGCCAGUCACGAGAAAAGCAGAUCUGUAUCUUUUGUGUCUGUGCAAAAAAUACCAAAAAAACCCUCCAGAAUCUGCUUGUCAUAGUGCCAAACUGGGCCCUAUGUUACUUCAGGAUAUCUGCACUCAGAGAAUCUGAAAUGCCAGAAUGUCCCGAAAAUGUUUCAAACUAGCAACACUAGCCAAUGCUAGCCAGACAUGUACUCAGUCUUCCCUCUGUCUGGAUUAAAGGCACAUUUACCUGUUUUAUAUGUUUGUUUGAAGCACUAACGCUGCAGCUGCUGCUUCAGAGACGGAGAGGAGCAACGAGAAGCAGCACAGCAGCUGAUCCUGUUUCUGGUGACUGACCGGCUGCUGUUUGGCAGUUAAACUGGAAACUGUCUAACUCGUUACUGCUCGUUGAGGAGAGACUAAAUGGAGUAUUACACACUUACACGGCAGAACAGUCACAUUUGCCAAUCCUGUGUUCUUUGUAAAAUACAAUGAUUAAUCCGAGAGUAUUUAUGUUUUUAUUCUGUUUUAUGCACAAUAUUUUGUACUUUUAAAAGUUCAAGGAAGUUAAAGGAAUGCUCCAACUUUUUGAGGAAAAUACCCUUUUUUUCAGCUUACCCAGACUCACUUUGACUAAGCUAGGCUAAUGACUCCCAUAGACUUUAAGUCUUUAUGCUAAGCUAACAUGAAAUGCUAUCCAAACCAGUGGACGUACGGAGGUGAAAAUGAUAUCAAACAUCUUGUGUCAGUCUGGGCAAGUUGGGAAGAAGGUAUUUUCCCCAAAUCUCUGAGUAUUCCUUUACACAUGGAGUAAGAUACACAGAGAAUGCUUGAACCACUUGAAGUCAGUAGUACUUGGAGGAGAUGGAGCCGUCUUGGAAGUCCCACGGUUUACCUCUUCUCCGAGGCUCCACUCCCAACAGGGGAAGUCUGGAAACUCUCGCUCGGUUCCGCUCCCCUGUUAGCUAUCAGUACACUCAAAGAAAGGUGCAGUGAAGUUGUGUAUAUUGUGUUACAAUGUACAUCAAGUGUUUUAUGAUGACUGUGAAGUGUACAUAAAAACAAAUGUGUACAGCGGCCUCUGCAUCACCGCUGCAGGACGGUCGACUCGUGUGAUGGUUACCAGUGUACAUUCUGCUUUUGUACUCGGACACGUUUACAACCUGUGAUUUUACUAUAACUGGACAUACUCAAUCCCAUGAAAUAACAUCACAGGCCCUGGGUCAGUUCAGGAAGUUAUGGUUUUUAUCCAAACUCAAAGAUUUAAAAGGCUACUUAUGUUUAUACCCUAUCUACUGGACAAUAAGAUUAUAGCACUAUAAAAUCAACUGAUGUUUCUCUUCACAUUUUGACUGAUUGAACUGAGUCUGGAUUGAGCCAAGGCCUCAUUUGUAAUGUCUCUUAUAGUCAAUCCCAGUUCUGAAUGGGACUUGUACAGUGUUGAUUCCACUGUAUGUUGUAUGUAUGUUGGUUGUCAAUCAAUGUGGCCCUUUAGCUUACUAAAUGCUGCCAGUUGUGUAACACAAACUCUAUUGCCAACAAUCUGUUGCCUAUACAGUUAAGCAGUUUUUGAUUAAAUUAUAGACGAUGAUGGAUGAUUAA